AUGCGCGCGGGUCCGAGCCCCUGGUGGAGCCCGGCCCGCUCGGCGUGGCCGCUCGCCGCGGCGCUUUGCUGGGGGGCAGCCGCGCUCCGCGGCGGCGCGGCGUUCGCGGGCCCACCGCCAGUGCCCAGCCGGCUCGCCGCCCGCUGGCCCGCGGCCCUCGCCGCCCACGGCGCCCACGGCCUGACCGGGGGGGCGGACGUCAACGCUUUCAGAAUCAAGGCGGCACGUCGGUGCGAGGCAGCCUCUGAGCGGCGCGUCGCGGACGAGGCAGAGACCCCCAAGCCGGGAGUGCCAGCCUCUGCAGCUGAGGGACGAGAAGAAGGCUCCGGUCCAGAGAGCUUCUCUGCAGGCGCUCUUCGACGCUUUGUUGAAAGGAGUGCCGCUUGGCUUGCUCCAGUACGGGUGGUUCCUGCACAGCUGCGCUGA